AUGAAUACCACAGCAUUGGAAGCGGAUUACAUUAUUGUGGGCGGCGGGCUGGCAGGAUGCGCAGUCGCCUCACGCCUAAAGCAACGCAACCCAUCGCUCGACGUUCUCAUUCUCGAGGCGGGCAGUGACGCCUCCAGCAACCCCAACACACAAUCGUUCCCGGGCCUCUUUUCGCUCCUUGGCUCUGAUAUCGACUGGACCUAUAGCACCGAGCCCCAGGCGAAUACGGACAAUCGAGUGCACACUAUCCAUAGUGGGAAGGCCCUCGGAGGAGGGAGUGUAAUUAAUUUCGGUGGCUGGAGUCGCGGGGAUGCGACGGACUACGAUGACUGGGCUAGAAUAGUCGGAGACCAGCGAUGGAGCUACCAUGGCUUGCUUCCGUACUUUCGCAGGUCAGAGUCGUUCUUCGACUCUAAAGCAGACCCCAAGCAACACGGAUUUGAGGGACCGAUUCAUGUUACGUCCGUCUCUGCCAGUGACCCCAACAGACGGUAUCCCCUUCGGGAGCCAAUCAAGGCCGCUUGGAACGAGAUUGGGGUUCAAUAUAACCCCGAUGGUUGCUCGGGAAGUUUGUCCGGUCUCUGUGAAUUCCUAGAGACCUGGCACGAUGGGAAGCGUCAGGCAGCACACCAAGCGUACAGCUUGGAAGGUGUGCAGGUAGUUACGGAGGCUAUUGUUCACCGAGUCGAAUUUACGGACGGCGACCAGAAUGGACAGAAGACUGCUUCUGCGGUACUUCUGUCGGAUGGUCGGCGCUUUACUGCACGUAGGGAGGUCAUCCUGGCGGCCGGUACUCUCCGGACACCCCAGGUGCUCAUGCUGUCAGGGAUUGGACCAGCCAGUAUACUAUCCCAGCACGCGAUUCCAACUAUCAUUGAUGCGCCGGAGGUCGGAAAGAACCUAAAUGAUCACUUUGCGCUCUACCAGCUAUACAAGUUGCGCAAUCCAGAGCGCGGGCUUGCCCUGGGUAGCCCCGUCCUCUCAGAUCCCGCAUUUAUGAAGGGCUUUCCGGCAGACUGGGCUAUUAACCAGGACGUACCGGCGGAUAUUUUGGGGGCAGCAGUGCGAAAUGAUAACGCGAGAUUCGGCUCCCCCACAGAUGAAUCUUUCUUGAAACCCGGUCGGCCGCUCGUCGAGACUUUAAUUGUCUAUGCUCCGGCUGGUGUGCCCGGAGUUCCCAUGGAUGGCAGCUUCAUCAUGACCUCAGUCAUGCUACUCGCUUCGACGUCUCGAGGAGCCGUCAGUAUUCGGUCGUCAUCGCCUACGGACCCUCCUCUGGUCGACUCUAAUUACUUUGACACGGAAGCUGAUCGUGUUACAUUGACCCACGGCAGUCGACGCACCAUGCAGGCUUUGCUGGACACUUCCGCCUUAGCAGAUUAUAUCGAGGCUGAAGUGCCUCCCCCUGGAAUGCCGGCUUUAUCAUCUCAAUCGUCGAACGAUGAAUUCGAGGCCCGGAUCCGGGCGACUGGUCUGGCCCACCAUCAUCCAGCAGGUACUGCCGCCAUGGGCAAGGUAGUCGGUCCAGACCUCCGCGUCUUUGGCGUUCAUAAUCUUCGUGUCGUAGAUGCGAGUAUACUGCCGCUGAGUAUCGGUGGUCACCCACAGGCUACUCUGUAUGCAGUUGCCGAGCAGGCUGCAGACAUUAUUCUAGGGGCCAACGCUCAGACAUGA